AUGCGGUGCACAGUGCUGGCGCUGGCCUUCCUCGCUCUCCUAAUUGCAGCCUGUGAAGGAAGAGGCGAAGGAAACACCGUGAAGCUCUGCGGGAGAGACUUUGUCAGAGCCAUCGUCUUCACCUGCGGUGGCUCUCGGUGGAAAAGGCAUUUGACUGAUUAUCACUACCUGUUUGCCUCUAAUUUUUAUGCGACAGAGAGUGAAAAUCCCCUGCCUUUCUCACAAGAGAACAACGCUUACGCUGACUCCUCGACGUACGCAGAGCAGAGGCUGGAGACCGACGGCGAAGAAAUCCACAGCGUCAAGCCUGAGACAGAGCGAGACGUGCAACGUGCCAGGAAAAUGUCUAUGCUAAAAAAGCGCGAGGUAGCCAAGUUGCUCACCACAUCCUGCUGCAGCAUCGGCUGCAGCGAGAGAGAGAUCAGUUCGCUAUGUUAA